AUGUGUAUUCUACCAUCCAGUUUCACAGGAAGUCCAAGAUACAUGCAUGAACGGACCCAAGAUGCCAUGACCUAUGUGAGGACUUAUGGGAAACCUUAUCUUUUAAUAACGUUUACAUGUAAUCCUACUUGGAAAGAGAUAAAAGAAGAACUCUUCCAUGGCCAGUCUGCGAAAGAUCGUCCAGAUCUGGUAGCAAGAGUAUUUCGACAAAAAAUAAUUAAGAUGAUGAAUCUUAUAAAAAAAUGUAUGAUCUUUGGCUCAAUACGUUGCGAUAAGUAUACGAUAGAGUGGCAAAAACGAGGCCUACCUCAUGCGCAUAUACUAUUGUGGCUUAACAACACAAUACAUUCUAACCAAAUUGACUUAAUUAUUUCUGCGGAACUGCCAGAUCCCAAUACCGAUCCAGUUCUAUUUCAUAUCAUUAAGAAAACUAUGGUACAUGGGCCAUGCGGAAAUUUUAAUGUCAAUUCUCCAUGUAUGGUAAACGGCAAAUGUAUCAAGAGAUAUCCGAGACUGUUUGGAAAUAAAACGCAAACUGGAAUAGAUGGUUAUCCACUUUAUGUACAAAAGGAGAAAACUAGGGCAUGGUGGAGUGUCUACGAAAAUCAAAGUCAACAAUGGUAUCGAGGUUGA